CCCAGCCAGUCCGGAGUCCAGAUAGGAAACGGAGGGAGAGGGUACUGGAGAUAGAACUCUGGAGACCCGGAGGACGCCAGUGGACGUUUCACCAGACAUCCGGGCGAAGCCAGAAAAGAGCAGCCCAGAGCCCAAGUCCGCAGCCGAGGGUCGCGCGUCCCUGGCUCCCGCAACUCCGUGGCGCGAUGGCCUCCGUGCUGAACUGCUUGUUCAGGCUGAAGAACGCGCUGAUCCUGUUUUGCACCCCCAUCCUGCUGCUUCCACUCAUCAUUUUGGUGCCGGGAAAGGUUGUCAAAUGUGCCUUUGUCAUCCUCCUCAUGGCCAUCUACUGGUGCACGGAUGUCAUCCCCAUGGCCAUCACCUCUCUCUUUCCUGCCUUGCUUUUUCCACUCCUGAGGAUAAUGGACUCCAAGCAGGUGUGUUUCCAGUACAUGACAGACACCAAUAUGUUGUUCGUGGGUAGCAUGGUCGUGGCCGUGGCUGUGGAGCGCUGGAAUCUGCACAGGAGGAUUGCACUGAAAACGUUGCUCAUUGUGGGAUCCAGGCCCACAAGGCUGAUGAUGGGCUUCAUGGCCGUCACAGCCUUCCUGUCCAUGUGGAUCAGCAACACGGCCACCACAGCCAUGAUGGUGCCCAUUUUAGAGGCCAUGAUGCGGCAGAUGGAAAUGUCAGUGACCACACCAGAUACCACUGCCACCAUGGUGGAGAUGGAGGAGAAGGACAAAGCCAGUGAGUGGCCUGGACCUGGGCACAGGGAUUGUCUCUGUGGCUGGCCGAAUGUCCUUGAACAAAAAAACGAGAUUAAAAAGAAUAUGUACAAGGCCAUGAACCUCUCUGUGUGCUACGCAGCCAGCAUUGGGGGAACAGCCACGCUGACGGGGACAGGACCCAACGUGGUGCUCCUGGGCCAGAUGCAGGAAUUGUUUCCUCAAAGCAAAGAUGUCUUGAACUUCGCCUCUUGGUUUGCAUUUGCCUUUCCCAACAUGCUCCUCAUGCUGGUGUUGAGCUGGCUGUGGCUCUACAUAUUUUACAUGAGAACUGGGUUUUGCACGGAUGCCACGGUGGCUCUCUUUGUGGCCGUCUUGCUAUUUGUUUUGCCUUCAAAGAUGCCUCAGUUCAACAUCUUCAGCAAGUCUGAAGCAGACAAGAAAACUCCAUUUUAUCCCCCAGCUCUGCUGGAUUGGAAAGGGGCACAGCAGAAAAUCCCCUGGGGCAUUGUGCUGCUGCUCGGGGGUGGAUUUGCUCUGGCAAAAGGAUGUGAGACCUCAGGACUCUCGGAGUGGAUGGGGCAGCGCAUGGAGCCCUUGAGGAAAUUGUCUCCAACUGUCAUCACCUUGGUCUUGUCCCUACUCGUUGCCUUGUGUACUGAAUGUACAAGCAAUGUGGCCACCACCACCCUGUUCCUGCCCAUCUUCGCCUCCAUGGCUCGCACCAUUGGCAUCAACCCGCUGCUGGUCAUGCUCCCCUGCACGCUGAGUGCAUCCUUCGCCUUCAUGCUGCCUGUGGCCACCCCACCCAACGCCAUUGUGUUUUCCUACGGACAUAUCCGGGUUUCUGACAUGAUGAAAACGGGAGUCAUUAUGAAUAUAAUUGGAAUUUUUUGCGUGCUUUUGUCUGUCAACACCUGGGGACGGCCCAUAUUUGGCUUGAAUAAAUUUCCUGACUGGGCUAAUUUGACAUCCACUAACACUUAGGAAGAGCUACAAGGUCCCAAGCAUGGCUCCCACUCUCCUGAAAAUGAUGAACAUUCAGCACAGCUUGCACAGAACGUGGGGCUCACACCCCGGUAGGAUCCAACGACACCCACACCCCACCAUGAUCCAGCCUAUCUGGGCUGCCAUUUCCUCCAGACCUGGUUUCAAGAGAUGACAAUGGGCAACUGGAGAGAAGGUAUGGAAGCAAAGGCAGCCCCCUCAAGAGACCCUGGGGCCCAACUUUUCUGGGCUCUGCUAUCAUCUCUGGGAUGAGCAAGUAGUAGAAGAACCAAGAUGCAGGCCCAUGCUGGACCCUGGCUCUUAUCUGCUUAGUCCUGGCUUGUCUACAGAGAUGAGAGCCCUGGGAUGCCACCUGAGAAACAGCCUACCAGCACCUGGGCCUUCUCCACAAGUCUCAGACUUCCUCUGUCACUCUGAAGGAGACAACCCAGCCAGAAUGUCUGGUCUUGGGCAGGCUCCCCAGAUUGGAGUGGUGGUGGGAGCUUCUCAGCGCCUCCAGCAGACUUGUGUAGUACCAUCAGCAUGGCAAAGGACGAGUAACUUGAGGACGCCCCCUGCUUCCCUCUGCAGCUCGUCCUCAGCUGACCUGUCUCUGCCUUCCCUUGUUCUAUGCUCAUUAACAAUUUGGAUGCGCUUUUCCCAACUCUCCAGUGAGCCUUCCACUUCCUAAGUGCCUUUGUUGUCCGGGCCCACUGCUGUUCAAGCCCCCAGCCUGAGGCCCUUUCCUCUCAGGGAAGUCAGUUUGGCUCUUCUAGGAGAUGUUUUUUGUGCCUUUCCCUCAACUAGAAUCACACUCCCAAGUGUGAGCAUUGGUGGCUCCCUGUCUCUUGUGGCCAUGCCGGUUGGCCACAAAGCAUGGUUGAGAGUGAGUGGAGCUUUUGGUCCCUCAGCUGACAGGCCCUUCUGUGAGUUUCCUGGGCACUGUCUCCAGAAAGUCUGUGGGAAUCCUCGGGACCCCUGGAGAGACCAAGACAGAUGAGGAGACAGCGUGGGACGCCACUGAAGACUGUGUAUCUGUUUCUUUGAGAGAGAUGACCAAGGCUUUGCCCUCAUGAAGUGUUUUGUCUGCCGUGGAAAGGUCCACUGUGCUGAGCUGUCUCUGCUUUUCUGCUGUGUGUGAGUGUGUGUGUGCACAUGCGUGUGGUAUGCUCAGAGAUGGGGGGAGGUAGCUGAGUGAGCUCCUCAGCUGCUUCCUGCACCUGUGAAUAGGCCGGUUAUUCCAUCUCUGCAGCAACUCUGAAACAAGCAGUUGAUAGUAUUCUUCAUUGUCCUUGAGGCAAAACAAGGGCCAGAGUGGCCAAGUGGGGAGUCUGAAGUCACACAUCAAGCCAACGAGAGUCUGUGGUUUUAAUAAAGCG